GCACAUGGGGGUUGGGGUGUGCGCUUCGGUUUGAAAGCCCUCCUAUCCCGCUUGCAGCGUCGCCUUCUAUUAUUUCGACACGCGUCUUGAGCAUUUUUUGACACACAGGUGGGAGAGAGCCUCUUUGUAGGACAGCCCCCUUCACCCCCUCCCAGCCAUCACACCGCCCCCCCCCCUCCCGCGUCCGUUGCUCGGAGGAGGAUGUGUGCAGCUGACAUUCGUGUCGCGUUUGGGACGGGAGACGCGCUGCUGCGAACAGGUGUGACUGCGAGGGGGCCGGACAGCGAAAUCAGAAGACUUGCACGGAGGAGGCACAAUAAUUCGCUGGUACAGGCUGCUGAGUGAAGAAAACGAGAAGAAGAAGAUAAGAAAGGAGAGGAAAGCAUGUCUUCGAGGAAGGCGACUGUGGAUUUGAUAAGGAGUAGCCCGAGUGCUGAGGGAGAGAUGUUCAGUGAAUUUCAGGAGUGGUGCCUCCGGACUUACGGGGACUCAGGAAAGACAAAGACCGUCACCCGUCGGAAAUACAACAAAAUCCUGCAAACACUUCUGCAGAGUGACGAGUGCAGCUUCAUUGAAAACAGCCUGAUCAACGCCAAAUUUAAAUUCUGGGUGAAAUCCAAAGGUUUCCAGGUGGGCAGCAGCUCUCGAGCGGACCACAAAAAAGGCGCAGCUGUCAAGCCGGUGCUCUAUGUCCCAGUCAAGGCAACGGGUACAGAUGGUGGCCAAACACAAGAGAGCAUCUCACUGAAGCGUGUUGCAGUGGUAGAGGACUUCUUUGACAUCAUCUACUCCAUGCACGUUGAAACAAGCCUUGAUCCCAACAAGGCACCUAAGCAUGCUGGCCAGAAGAAGACUUAUAAAGCGAUUGCUGAGACAUAUGCAUUUCUGCCAAGGGAAGCAGUAACUCGCUUCUUGAUGAGCUGCCAUGAGUGUCAGAAGAGGAUGCACAUCAACCCCAGUGGAGCUGACUCCAAAGAAAAUGACCACCCGGCCACAUUGGUUCCAGGCUUGAUCGACUACAAUAUGCCAAUAACCGCUGCCUACCUGAAGCACAUGAAACUCUCCUACAUGGGCUCAAAUGAUCGUGAUGACAGUUCAGUAAGCAGUGAAGACUUUGAUAUGACUGACCCCAUAUGGAUAUCAGCUGAUCACGGUGCUGCAUCCGACUUGAGCCCUAGUCACGGAGAGAGAAUGCACAGCCCCCAGAACGCACAUAAAGAGGAAGACGAUGAUUCAUCAUCUGAAAGUGGCAGUGGGAAUGGCCUUCUUGCUUUGACCACAUCAGCUCCUGUUACUACUCCUGAUGAUGGCAACUACACAGAGGUGAAUGGAAAUGGAACUGUAGCACCUCUAGAUUUUAGCACCACCUCUUCAUCCUCAUCUUCGGAGGACCAACCUGUCAAUCUCAGCGAAAGGCUUCAGCCUAGCCACCUUCCUUCUCCAUUCCAAACAGAUGCUCCAGACGGUCUCCGCAGUCGCACCAAGUAUGCAGCAAAGCCAACCACAGAGCUCAGACUAGACAGAGAAAUGAGGGAGUACAGUAGCAAGUCUCCACCAUACAGCUCAGGGAGUUAUGAUUCUAUCAAGACCGAGGUCAGCCUGUGUCCGGAGGACCUGUCAGUAAGUCGGGCACCCACAGCAGACGACGACGAUGAUGAGCACGACGAUCACGAGGACAACGACAAAAUUAACGACUCGGAAGGAAUGGACCCCGAGAGGCUGAAAGCGUUCAAUAUGUUUGUCCGCCUGUUUGUCGAUGAGAACCUUGACCGCAUGGUGCCCAUUUCCAAGCAGCCAAAAGAGAAGAUCCAAGCCAUUAUUGAGUCAUGCAGCCGGCAGUUUCCUGAGUUUCAAGAGCGUGCCCGCAAGCGCAUCCGCACGUACCUUAAAUCUUGUAGGAGAAUGAAGAAGAAUGGCAUGGAGACUCGUCCUACACCUCCCCAUUUAACCUCAGCCAUGGCAGAGAACAUUCUGGCAGCUGCUUGUGAAAGUGAAACCCGCAAGGCGGCAAAGAGGAUGCGAAUGGAUAUGUACCCAUCGUCACACGAAGACCAGAACACGUUAGAAAAGCAAAGUGCACGGGAAUCCUCUUCUCUUGCACACACUGCCUAUUCGCUGCCGGCUUCAGCCUAUUCACAAGAUCAGAUCUAUAUCAAUGGAGGCCUAAACUACAGCUACCGCGGAUAUGGGGGCCUGGGAGCCAGCCUGCAACACCCAGUGACAUUAACAACUGGGUCAUCUCAGAGUAAUGGUCCCACAGACCUCAGCAUGAAGUCGAUGGCUUCAAACUCUUCCUCCACCAGCACUAACAGCAGGGGUGUCCCUGCAGCACAGCUUAGUCCGACAGAAAUCAACGCAGUACGGCAGCUCAUCGCAGGGUACAGGGAGUCUGCGGCCUUUCUUCUACGUUCUGCCGACGAACUGGAAAACCUCAUUUUACAACAGAACUGAACGUCCCCUCGGCCCUUAAAAAAAGCUAGGAAGUGAAUAUGAAAGAAAUGACUGGACCCCCCCCGUCCCCUGUCCCCACACAUCUCCAAUUUCCUGUCCCCCAAAAUUUGCAUCCUCCUCCCUUAUGAUUAUGAAUUUUUUGCCUCGUUUUUCUUUGCCGAUUUAAGCACUGUUAGGGGCGGCCAACGCUUGGAGUGGGGAGAUGUGCCAUCACAGACAUCCUGACGAAUGAUUAAUGGCGAAAGCAGAGUGUUUGCUGCCAUUCCAGAAGCACUUGAAUUGAUUUCAGGCUUCCCUGUGAUGCUGCUGAUUUUUUUUUGUUAUUCAGAUUUAAAAAGCAAAAGUGUAAAAAGCGCCGAGUGACCUCAGCACCGGACUGUUUUCGUGUUUAAAAGCUGUCGUUCUGCAACACGCAGGAAGUUUUCAGCUUCUCAAUAGAAAGAAACUUCAGACGGAGUGUCGGUUUGGCCUCGACUGGCCGAAUCGAUGUGACGUCUCCCAGAAGCCAGCGGUGUUCCAGAUGUAGUUUUAACUGAGUUGUGUGUUUGUUUUCCCCCUAAGUCCCCAUUUAAUACCACCAGGCACUUUGACGAAGUCCAAUGCAGAUGCUAAUCUGGUGUAAAUAUGGAUGCGUGCAGCACUUUUCAUGAUCUUAACUACUGAAGGUAGCCAACAAGUGCAGACAAAAGCUUUGAUUUCAGCUCUCGCAAUCUCACUUAUGUUGGACUGUGUUAUCAGCCGCAAGCAAAAUGUGUUUUAGUUUGAUAGAGUGGAAAAAAAAAAGAUUUCUAAUGUUGCUAAAGUUGUUUUUGAGCGGUAGAAAUGAUACAUUUAAAAAAGCUAUUUAAAAUACAAUCAUUUGUAAAUCUUUUGAAUCUCUUAGGGCAAAGAUAAAAUAUUGAAGAAUUUUGAUAUUAACUUUUGAAGCAUUUUUUCGUAUUUUCCUUUUUAACAAUAUUGUUAUGGCAGAGAUUCCGAGGCUUUGCUGCCUUCCUUCUCUCCAGCUUGUAUCGAUUCGUCUUUUGAACCGUGACAGCUUGAUUGACCCCCGGCUUCUUUUCCAGUGUUGUUCGGCCUUUUUUCCCCCCCACUACACUUUGGUGGCGGAGGAGGUGGAAGGAGACUAAUUCCUGCAUAGAUAUUUACACUUCUCUUUACAGAGGUACUACAGAGUUAAAAGUCAAACUACAUGGGGGUCCGGUUUGAACACUUGUGCUGCCGGUGAGUUGCUAGUGUGUUGGACAUUUGACGGAUGAAGGAGAUUUCCUCUGACUUGUUUAAUGAUGGCCAUUAACCCAUUUGCUGCUAUGGACCCAAUUUUUUGCCACAGAAGUGUAACCUCAAUCCUUCAACGACAACAAGAGGACCUCAGUGACUCUGCUUUCUGUCUUCGCAAAAAAAGAAAAAAAGGAUCCCAAACUAGUUAUCUGCACUGGGUUUGUACUGUUUGAACUUGCAGUCGAGUGUUGGCCCUCCAGAACACAGGGACCAAGAGCCCAGCGCUGACCGACGGCAGUGGCCAAACUUCCAGACUGGUUGUGCUGUUUCAAGGACUCUGCUUUUUUCCUUCAAGCUGCUAAACUGCUUAACUUUCAUUUCCGUGUAGAAGAACAGGAAUAAAACCCAAAAUAAUACUCCCAUUUCCAAGGUGCAAUAUUUUGAAAGCUGCAGUGCAGGCCUUGUUUGAUUUGCUCAGCUUUUACGGUUAGCUUGUUGUUUUGGGUAUUCAAAGCUCCACUUGCCUGUUGCUGCUAGAAUCACCAGUUCUCCUCACUGGCCGGACCCCCCGCGUCUUUGAAGGGGUGUAGCCCAGAGAUUGAUGGGGGCGUCCUGCUGACUGUGCCACGUGUGCGCGACUACGCUUCGAGUCAGCCAUGCUGUGCCUGGAUGCACUACUGGUUCAUGUCUGAGAACUUCCUUGGGUUACUGGUUUUGUCUGCGAGUUCCUCCUGUGACUUGUGCAAUAGAGCGGUCCCAGCUAGCCGAGGCGACCACUUGCAGAACGUGGGGCUACUGUGACCAUUGAUACUCUGCACUGGCCUGCUUCCAAUGCAUGUGCACACAGUCAAGUUAGGAUAGACACAAAGCCAGUGCGCAGCCCGGCCUAGCUUAGAAUCGGACGUCGCGCGGGGAGGGGGUGGCCACUUCUUUGUGCAAGUGCACCUUGAGUGGCGACUAGCGAAUUUCUUAUAAGCGCACAGAUGUGAACGUUCAGGGACGUUGCGCAGAUUUUCAGGUUGUCACGUUUGGCUACUUAUUUGCCAAAAAAAAAAAAGUCUCUUAAACAAUGGAUGCCAGGCAGUUUGAUGAAAGACGUACACGUGGCCAUCACCCAACACAAGAGCGGUCGGAUUGCGUGGAUCCGUUCAGAGCCGGAAUCGCUGUGAAUUUGUCACGGUGGAAGUGAGGUGUUAGCCAUAUUUAAUGAUCUCACACUCAACUUUAUACACAUUACCUCUAUUCUCAAGCUUUCUUCCAUCUUGGCAACUUGUCCAGAACGAACCCUUUUACAGCCAUUGCUUGCCUUUCCCUAGCCGAUGCUGCUGUAAAAGUCCUAACUUAGAAACACACAGCCUAAUCCCCUCAGGUGGCUUUGCGCUUGCUUCUUCCCGAAGUUUCCUAAGAUGGAAGAAAGUGCAACUUCUCUUGUUGCAAAUUCUUUGUUGUGCACUACUGACCUUUAACCUCAAACCUAAACUCAGAUCACCUCCUGGGAAAUGAAGAAGAAAAGCAACUGUCCUUUGUGGCAACACGAUUUGCUUCUUAGUCUAGAUAGUGAUAUGCAUUUGUAAUAUAAGUAACCAAUCUGUUUCUUGGUUUUUGUGCAAAGACGAACGCGUCUGCCGUGUACAGGCUGUUGCAACCUCCCGCCCUUGAAUCUCCUUUUUUCAUCCCUUUGUUGUAGACGGUAUACUGUAUAAAAAUAAUAGGCAAGAGACAAUCUUCUCCCUGUCAUUUCAGAGGUACGUUGUCCGUGCAGCUAUGUUGUGUGUCUGUCUUCAGGACCUCUCAAGUAUUUUAGCCAUAAUCACCCAGCUCUUUCUCCAGAGAGGAUGCCAGAUGUCGAACUUAACCAUUUACUGUCUGUGUCUGUGCCACUAACUGGCGUUUAUUUGUUCAUUUUGUUCAAAUACACAAUAUGGUAAUUGAGAAAUGUAACAAGUUUGUGAAGCUUUUCAAGCAGAACUGAUUUGGGGCCUUUCUCAUUGUACGUUAGGGUCCCACCAGUUUAGUAGUGCUUGGCAUUGGGGAGAUGCAGGCAGCUGGCGGGAGUGGCGCCCCACUUGGGCAGCGGGGUACUGCUUAGGCCUCAGCCUGCUUUGAAGGUUCUCUGCCAAAAAAGAAAAUGAUAUUGGCCACUGGCGACUACCACCCCAUCUUUAUUUUUCUACAGUGAUUUGUGUAUAAACGCAGUUCUUAAAUGGACACCUAGCAACGUCCACGCUCAUUCAUGCUCUGUCCAUCUCUCUUGAUUUGGUGGUGCUUUACUUUUUGUUUCGUUUUGUUUCAUUGUACUAGGAGAUGACGUUUCAGAUCUUUCCCUGUUUGUACCUAUAAUACCAAUGUGAAACUUUGUAUUAUUCUCCUCCUGAUUUUUGGACUCAGUGGAAGUGUGAUGUUUACAUGUACAGAUUUUGAGAUUUUUCCCCUGGUUCUCCCCGACCUGAACCUGUGUUUCAUUUUCUCUGAUGCUCUGUAAUCCAAGGGCAAAAAGGACCACUGUAAAACUGAAACGAUGCGUGUCGGUGUUGUCUUGUGGCUUGGGAGUUUUUCUAAUAUGCCUUUUAUUUUUUUGGGUUGGCAGCUACUAGGCACCAAUUUAGAAAACAAAAUUGGUAACGUAAAGAACAAGUCUGAUGGUGGCCACAAAAACCCCUGAGCAAAGCGUUAAUGCGGGCACAGCUAAGCAGCAUUAGAGGAAGCUGGAAACGACUGGCGAGUGUCCGACGAGCAAAACACUCAAAAAGAAGAGGCCCUGCCCCCCAAGGCUGGCACCCCACAGGCCAUACUGAAAACCUCAGGAACCCUCAGCUUCAACACGGUUCACUUUUACAGUGGUCGCUUCAUCUCUUUGAUGCUCUAAAGAUGAAUAUAUCAAAUUCUUUUGUUUUCUAUUUAUUGUGUUACAUAAUGUGAUUUUUUUUUCCUCCAGUACAUGUGACUAAAUAUUUUAAUUAUUUAGAAGUGUUAAUAAAUUUGUGAAACGGCUUAAAAGAAAAGAAAAAAAAAACCUGUUAUUUCUGUUUGUUUAAUGCAAGGUAUCCUGGGCAGUAAGUACCCUUCACGACAUACCAAUGAGUGAAAAUAACGGGAUGACCACCUUGCGCUCUUUAAGCUGUAAAUCACAGUGCUGAAUCUACUAAUAAAAGCAGUAUGCUGUUUAUCA